AUGGAUAUGGUGAUGAAGUUGGGAGCAGCAAGUCCAGUGGUGAUAUUCACCAAAAGUAGUUGUUGCAUUUCUCAUAGCAUCGAAACCCUAAUCCGUAAUUUUGGAGCAAACCCUAUAGUUUACGAGCUCGAUAGACAUCCAAAUGGGAAGCAAAUAGAGAAGGCGUUAAUCGAACUAGGGUGUCAGCCAAGUGUGCCAGCAGUAUUUAUAGGGAAUGAGUUUAUUGGUGGUUCUAAUGAGAUCAUGAGCCUUAAUGUGAGGGGAAAGCUCAAGCACUUGCUUAUAAGGGCUAAUGCCAUUUGG